AUGUCUAUAGUUUGUUCAUAUUAUCAUAGUGUACAACAAUCACUAGAGUUACAUUACAAUGAUGACAAUAAAGAGCUCAGUGUAAACAGUUUUACAUAUUUACUCAAAACGAUUUCUAGAAAACAAGAAGUUUUUUCACUAAUGAAAUUUAUUUCUUUAUUUAAUGGCUUUUAUUGUGAAAGAUAUUAUCUAGCACUGAAAAAUGUGACGGAUACUCCAAAGCCAUCACGGUAUUUAACACGUACACAAGGUCUUUCAAGUAAUAGUGGGAGCGGUAUUGGCAGUGUUGGUGUAGGCAGCAGUUGUAGUGGAACUGGUACAUCAACUUCAUCUUACUCAGGACUUCCACAAUAUCCACGUAGGUCACCAAAUAAAAUUGGUUCAAAUACAAAUUAUACAGUUGGUGGAAUAGGUACUAGUUCAUCAUGGAAUUCGGAUUUGAGUAGUGCUGCAAGUAAAACACCUAAUUACAAACAGUUAUACGAAGAAGAAAAACUGCUAACAAAUGGCUUACGUGAAGAGGUGAAAGCAGCCCAGAAAGAACUGAAAGAAUUAGAAGACGCCUUGGAAAAUUCAGUUGGUAGACGAAGACCUAGUGAGGUUGAACAAAGGAAAAUGGAAAGAAGAAUAUCAGAAUGUGAACAAGAACUUAAAUUAAUUGAAAAAUUACGUGCUGAAUCUGAAAAAUUACACGCUGAACAUCGAGCACUUAUCCGAGUGGUAUCACGUUUAAACAGAGAACAAUAAACAUUUUCUUAAAUAAUGACAAUUUACCAUUUUAUUUGUUUAUCAAUAUUCAAUUAACAUGAAUAAUGAAAUAAAAUUCUACUAUUUACUUCUUCAUAUAUGAUAGUUCUAUUUAUACAUAAAGAUCGUUUUUUUUUUAAAAAAAAAUUUCAUUUGAGUAUUAUGAAUAAAUAAAAUGGGAGUAUUUAUCAAAUGAAACUUUCUAUUAAAGUCUCAUUUUAUGUUACAAAUAGAAUUGGAAUAUACUUUAUUAGAUAUAAUAUUAUUAUCAUCAUCACACUUUUUCUUUUUUUUUUUAAAAAAAAUGACGUCAUCAAUGCUAUGACGUAACAUCCGAUCAAUGUUUAUUGAUUGUUUUAAUUUAGUUGUUUAAUUAUUGUCAUUUCUUAUUAAUGUAAAAAAAUAUAUAUACUAAUCAAUAUGUGAAAAUUCCCAUUUUGCCAUUUGGUAAAUAAAGAAGAAGCUUCUUCCUUAAUCAA